AUGACGAACAUUCCACCUGAAUCUGGAUCAGGUGAAUCAACCGUUGAAGAUCCGUUGGAUGAGUUAUUGACGAGAAUCGAUCAGAUCGAGCGCACGGUGAGGCUAAUGGUCCCUGAUUUAAUGGAUCGGAUGAGGAAAUCACAAAGAGGUUUCGACGUUCGAGUCUAUGAAGAUUGGGUCUCGUCAUACCGAGGGAAAAAACAAAUGAAACGGUUACGGCAGCUCCGGCGUCUGUGGAUGAGGCUGCGAGGUGAGAGGAUGAGAGAUGAGAUCAACAUAAAAAAAUUUCUCUUUUCUUUUAUUCUGCUAUAG